UUUCCGUAGUGGCCAAUUUUUCGUGACGUCACGACCUUUCUUAAAGCGAAAAGGCUGCAUAACUUUCUUGUUUUUGUGCACAGGUCUUCCUCCUUACCACGACUCAAAAAGUCUUCCCAGCUGUCAGUUCGAACACUAACGCUGUGAGAGAGAAGGGAAAUCCUCUCAACCUGCUACAGAAUCAACACCUGACACUUCACUUCAUAUCCUUAUAUCGGAGGGUCAACAUACCUUAGAGCAUGUGUAAUGUGGAAGUACUUGACUGAACCUGCACAGAGCCCCGACCUCAACCUCAUCCAGCACCUUUGGGAUGAACUGGAACACCGACUGAGAGCCAGGCCUUAUCGCCCAACAUCAGGGGCCGACCUCACUGCUUCGCUCUGUGGCUGAAUGGGAGCAAAUCCCUGCAGCUGGACUGAAAAUGUGUUAGAAGAGCCUGAAGAGCGAGAACCAUGCUCCGCUGCAGGAGGUGUCGGAAAGGCAUCAUAAACUCGACAAGUUUGUCAACGCAGGUUGAGGCCAUAGAUGAAAGCUCAGCUGCUGUUUGCAGUAUUUGGCAUGUGAAUGUUGACACGUUGCCAGAGUGGAUACUGACCUCAGUUCACCAGGCCCAGUGGACUGCAGGAAAACUGAACUGCCAGAACUGCGCAGCUCGUUUGGGUGGCUUCAACUUCAUUAACCGCAGCGAGUGUCCCUGUGGCCGGGACGCCGCCGUCCACCUUAACAAAAGCCGCGUGGACCGUGACCACAAACACUACGUUCUCAUCGUCCAGCCGAGGAGGACAAGGCCCGUGAAGGGACAUGCUGGUCUGCCGACAGACGCCUUUCAGAACCGAGAGCAGAGGCCUGAAUUUAACAGGACUGCACUGGACAGUUUACAGCUGAACUGUGCUGCUGUCAUGUCCCACAUCAGUCCUGCACAGGCCUCUAAUUCACCGGCUGACAGUGAAAACACCCCGUCAUUUUCUUUCAGUCCUCUGUACUGCAUCUCUCAUAGGAGACGGCGCAGUGUGGAAGAUGAUGGCGCCAUCAGGUCAUCAUGUUUUUGCCCCGCAGGCCCUAUGGACAAGUCUGCUGUUGAGAUGACAUGGGCAGGGACAGAUGAGUCUACACGGUCACCUGUUUCGUAUCCCACAAGUCAGCAGUUUGACACUGAUGGUGAAGCCAAUGUCAACGCUGUUGCCUGUCGUUCGUCUGUUUCUGGAAGGAGGACACGGUCACCUCUGGAUCUACAGCUGCUGCGGAGUGCGGAGGACGUCGAGUCUUCUCCGGAGACCACGGCUGUCCACGAUGAGGUUUCUGAGUCAGCCCUGUUACUCAGAGGGAGAUCCAUCUCUGACAGUGUAGCGGAGCAGGACGAGGAAGUGCUGCCUCAAGCCUUUAUGGCCUCCCCAUCCUCAAACAGACUGAGCAAAAGAGAGAAGAACCGUCUGAAGAGUUUGCGGAGGAAACAGAGGAGGAGAGAGCGAUGGCUGCACAGUCAGCUGGAGCAGGCUGAGAGUGUGAGCAGCUCACUGUUGGACAGUGAGGAGGAGGAGGACAGAGACGGCCUCACCUGCGCCGUGUGUCUCGACGUCUACUUCAGCCCGUACAGCUGUCAGCCCUGCGGUCACGUGUUCUGCGAGCCGUGUCUCCGCACAAUCGCCAAGAACCGGCCGACGAACACGCCCUGCCCUCUCUGCCGGACCCUCAUCUCACACAGCAACUUCCACAAAGAACUCAACCAAACAGCUAAGACCUUCUUCCCGAAAGUGUACUACGCCCGCAAGCAGAACUUCCAGAGCGCUUUGUGUGCAAAAUGGCCUCUGCCCAGCUGUCAGAAACGCUUCCGUACCUUCUGGGGAGAUCAGAGACGGGCUGCCGCGGCAGGGAGACGCUGGCACUUUGCCCAUGGAGGUUUCACGCUGGAUGCUUUGGACCUCACCGACAUGCGCGGCUGGCUCUUCGACAUCGGCCUGGUCAUCGUCUACAUCCACUCAGUCAGCUGGAUCCUGGCUUUCCUGUUCCUCUGUUUCCUCAUGUACUAUUUCGUUUUUUGAGACCGUGAGGAGUGCUCGACAGUUUGCAGUUCAGUGCAUUUUUUUUUUUUUUUUUUUCUUUAUAGGGCAUGGCUAAUGUGUGUUUUCCUGGUUUCAACAGUUGGAUAGAGUCACAAGUCAAACCUGUUAUUUUAGUGGUAAAGUAUUUCAGAAAUAGCAGAGGUGGUCAUGACGUACAUAGAAGCGAGAAGCAGAAAACUGACAAUUUGCAGGUUUGAAAUUUGCACAAAUGGUAGGAAGAGUUAACAAUAUUGAUUAACUGACUACAAACUAACUUUAAAAAUGUAAUGAUGAUUCGAACAAAGCUUCUUUUUUGCCUGUGUUAAGUACUCACAGUAUAAGUGCAAUAAUACAAAUGCCACUGCCUGAAGCAUUUCCUCUGUUAAUUCUGUUGCUUUAGGCAUCAGGAAAACCUUUGUCAAAAAGGUGAUGUUUGGUAGUGAAACCUUUUUGGUUUGUGGAUGAACAAUUUGGUAAUAAUGGUAGUGUUCAUCAGACAGAAAAAAACAUAAUAUCUAUCACUCUCACGUCUGUGAGUUAAGUAUAAUGAAGGAGCAGGGAGGCAAUUAGCCUAGCUUAGCAUAAAGACUGGAAGCAGGGAAAAGCAGCUAGCCUGGCUCGGCCCGAAGUUAAAAAAUACGCCUACCAACAACUCUAAAGCUCACUAAUAAACAUACUGUGUCUCACUGUUUAAUUUGUACACAAACGGAAAUGUAAAACGAGUGUUUUUAGAGGAAGAUACGUGUGCAAACAACAGUAUUUCUUGGCAAACAACAGCCGGUCACAGUGGCUGCGCGCAGCUUCCUGAAGUUUUGUCGUCACCGUGAGGUUGCCAGUUUAUUUCACAAAAUAUUGUAGCACAAGCGGGAUGUUAGGAGACACUCCGGCACUUUACUGAAAAACGAGGGAGUCAGCAAUAAACACAUACAAAACUUUUAAAAUUGAGUGUGUCAUUGGAGGAAGUUUAGUCUUUGUGUUUUUUUGUUGAGUGAUUCUCAGUGAAAUUAUGUAGAUUUAAGAUAAAAUUUGAAUUGAGAUACACUGCUGAGAAAGUUUUGCUUCUACGUGUAUAUGUUUUAUUUACAAAGUAGAGGGAUGCUCAGGACUCAUAUCUAAUAGGUGAAGACAGCAGCAUUUAUUAACUGAUGUGAUUGAUUGAUUGUUGGCGGCGGCAGGAGCAGAUAGACAGAAAAUCAGAUUCACAAAUGGGUGAAAUACCCAUUUCAGUUUGGUGCCUUUGCUUAGUCCGUGCCUUCUGCCUAACAAGUAAUAUAUGAAACUGUAAUCGAGCAGCUUUAAGUUUUAGCUCUCUGGCACAGAAUAUCCUGCAUUCAUAGGAAGCCAGAAAGACAUUUCAUGAAUAUAAAGCUUUCAGUGAACACUAAUUAUAUCAUUCUAUUGAAGGAAAAUACUUACAGAAGUUUGAUUUUCAAAAAAUGAUCGCUGUUCAUAUUAAGUAAAGAGUUUGUCUUGCUAAAAAUGAAAGGUGUUUUAUUUGAGCUUUGCAUCUGUGCAUUUUUUUUUUUAUUUAAAUUGAUGGGGUCAGAUUAGCACUUUGGUCUUGAGAGUGAAAUUGACAGAACAAAUCCGCUGCAUCUCUUUUUAAUUGGAUUAUUUUUGGGGGGAGAAAAUUUUAGUUUCCUUGUGGUUUCUUCUUUUUUCCUCUGGCAUAAUCUUGUUUGUUGUUGUUGAAAGUUUUGUUUGCUCAUUGGCUCAGUAUGAAAAGUAAUAACAGAUUCGGGCCCCAUUAAUGAAUUAAUGGAAAUGGUUUAUGAAUAAAAAUCUAUCUAAAUACAAAACUUUAACAAACUGA